AUGGUUAAACCUGAUUCCAGUGACGGUGGUGCAAUACAGCCGGAGAGCAGCAUUUUUGGGCAGCUUCUCAACUUGUCGGCGUUUUUCUGGGCGGUGACAGCAUUCCUGAUGGAUCGACAUACGAUGGCUUUCCACGCGAGAGAUUAUGAGAACAAUAUAGAAAGAUGGAAAAUAUUCUCUAGAAUUCUUAUGGUUCUCGGAUUUGUCGCUGCCCUUGGAAUAUCAAUAGUAUCUAAUUUUCAGGAAGGGCCACAGCUAGCAACACAUAACGUUGGUGCAUUUAUGUUCUUCAUUGCUAUUGCGCUGUAUUUUUGGGGCCAAAUCAUUGUCGCUUAUGGGUUCAGGAGCGUGCGGCUAUGGCGGGCAAACCACUACGUCUAA